CACAAGAAAACCGAGACUGCGAUACCUAGGUAAACUUCUCACUGAGGUUCCCUAAAAUCAACUCUCAGUUCUCAGCCGUGGAAGACCUACAAAAUGAAAAAUUUGCUUAUUGCAAUCUUGCUUUUCCUCACCAAUCGUUCAGCUUCAGCUCUUUCCUGCUACACGUGCACCACAGAUAGCAAAUAUAACGACUGCAUCAAAAAUCACGUGCUCAAGCAGUGUGCAACUGAUGUGGGAUUUGACCAUUGCUUUACUAUGAAGAUAUUUGUGAAACAAAACAGCGGGGAAGAAGUCGCCUAUUUAGAUAAGCAAUGUGGUGUUUCUUUUGCCUGCAAUAACCCCGACCCAAACUACUUUUGCAACGCAAAGAAUCAAUCUUUUAUCGGUCAAGGACACGUCAUGGCCAACUGCUCUUCAAGGUGCUGUAAUACUGACUUGUGUAACAACGAUGACUUGCCCAUCAACCCCACCACUCUACCCCCUAUUGGAAAUUCCACGUCAAUAAACGCAACUACAUCCACUCCCCUGCCUCAAAAUUCUACUACCAAUACUCCCCUGGGCUGUGGCACAGAUUCCGUUAACACACCACUACGCAUGACCAUUAUCCUCGCUGCAGUGAUUCAGCUGGUUUUCAAAAUGAUGAUGUAGGAGCGCGGUUGGAUUCCUAUGUGAAGUCAGUGAUUUCUUAUCCAUCACCGAAAAACUGUUUUGAUCUAGUGAAGAGUCAUCUCAUAGGAGCUUGUUUGUUGUAAUAAAUGUAUGUAUGUUAUG